UCCACUUACAAUUCUGCUCGCACGAGGAUUUUGCCUGGUGCUUGCGCCCUCUGGCCUGACCAACUAGUGGAAGCCUUUAUUCUGAUCAAGACCAAGGAUCGCUUGAGCUGUACAGUUCGUAGAUUGAUUGGCAGUGGACAAUCCGCGUAUUUCUAUGUACAGGGGAUCAGCUUCCGGAUCAGCAUUGCUUUGAUUGAAGUGGCACCAGCUUGGCGGCACCACUACCCUGGCCAUCAUAUCUCCAGAUAACGGGUCAGAUAUUUCCGACCCGGACAAGUUGCCCUAGGGACCUCCUGAAGCUUCAGAUUACUCAGAUCUGUCAGCUCCCAGUUCUUCCAGUCAAUACAACUUGGGAGGAAUCACUCCAGUGUAAGGCGAUCACCAGUACGGCUGUUGUCAUUCUAGUAUCCUAUGGCCAGCACGACACACACUCCAGGUUCUGGGGAGGAUUCUGAACCUGCAGCACAAGAUGGUGCCCCUAAGUCUUCCAUUAGUACUGCGAAUGGCAGCGUAGCUGGAAGCCGCCAAACUACGCAGGUAGCCGACCGCUUCUCCUCUUUCGGCCAAACCAUCUUCACCGAGAUCAGCGCCCUCGCAGCGCAACACAAAGCCGUCAAUCUGGGCCAAGGCUUCCCCGACUUCGACGGCGCCGACUUCGUCAAAGAGGCGGCCAUCCAGGCCAUACGAGAUGGGAAGUCCCAAUACGCUUUAAUGACGGGGGUGCCCGAUCUUGCGACAGAAAUCGCGGACGUGUUUGAGAGGGACACGGGAAUUGAAGUUGAUGCCAAAAAGGAAGUGACGGUGACUGCGGGGUGCACGGAAGCGAUUGCGAGCGCCUUCCUGGGACUUUGCAACCCAGGGGACGAGGUUGUGGUCUUUGAGCCGGCAUACGACUCGUACAAGGCGGCGAUGGCGAUGGCGGGCGCGAUGGUCAAGCCGGUCGUGCUGCGGCCCCCCGACUUCUCCUUCUCGCGGGACGAGCUAAGCGCGGCUUUCUCCAGCAAGACGCGGGUGAUCCUGAUCAACACGCCGCACAACCCGACGGGGCGGGUGUUCACGGAGAGCGAGCUCCAGUUCAUCGCCGACCUCGCGGCCCGCCACGACGCCCUCGUCUUCUCCGACGAGGUCUACCACCGCCUGCUCUACAACGGCGCCUGCCACGUGUCAAUCGCCCAGCUGCCUGGGAUGUACGAUCGGACGGUCACGCUCAACUCGCUCGGGAAAACGUUCUCGCUGACGGGGUGGAAGGUUGGCUGGGCGAUCGCCCCCCCGCCGCUGUCGCACGCCAUCCGCAUGGCGCACCAGUUUGUGACGUUCUCGGUCGCGACGCCGCUGCAGCACGGGGCCGCCGCGGCGUUACGGGCGCCCCCCCAAUUUUACGAACAGGUCCGGGCGGACUAUACGCGGCGAAGAGACAUCCUGCUGGAAGGCCUACGAGACGUUGGAUUCAACGUGUUUGAGCCGCAGGGAUCGUUCUUUGUGAUGGCCGACUUCACGCCAUUCGGCUUCGACGAUGACGUGGCAUUCAGCAAGCACCUGAUCGAGAAAGUGGGCGUUGCCGCUAUUCCCCCUAGCGGCUUCUACUCGAAUCCAGCGGAGGGCAAACACCUGAUACGCUUUGCUUUCUGCAAGACCGACGCCGUGUUGCUGGAGGCAGUUCGGCGGCUCAAGCAACAUCUAAAGCUGCAAGAACCCUGUGACAGAAAGGCUGUUUCGUAGCGAUUUUCUAGAGAGUCCGUCGUCUGAGUCGCUGCAAUCUCCUUCACGUAGAUUUUAUUGCUCUGUUCCGCUUUUAAAUGCACAUGUGAAUUGCCAAUCGCUUCACCGAAUGAUACAGUAGAGUGUCACUGUCCCCCUGUGGCGGCCGCGUCUGAGUAAUGCAUGUGGUGCC